CAGCAGAUAAAUUAAGACUAGAAGAAUUAGGUAAAUCACCUAUUCCAUUCGUAAGGAAUCAUCCAGAGGCUUAUUAUAGAAGUCGCGUGCUUAAUCUCUCAAACAUCCCUGAUCUUCCUGAACCAAUCAAUGAUCAGAUUGAGGACACUGACAUCUCGCAUGAAAGUUUUAUCCGUGAUUCUUCUCAAUCCAACUCAGAGUUAUUAUUACCAGAUAUUUUAAGUGACUCGGAGAUGGAGAUCAGUGAUGUAGAAGCCUACCUUGACGAUAUAAUCAGACAAAUUCGAACAUCGAAAAAAAGUAAAAAAAUUUUCCAGGAAAUCGAUAGUAAAGCUUAUUAA